AUGGAUAAUGUCAACUCAAAUUCUCGUAGAUUACCACCUUUAGAAUAAGACAACCAAAACUUUAGGGCUAUGUCAUAAUAAAGGAAUACAAUAAAAUAAUAGAUGAUAAGUAGUAACAACUUUGAACCGAAGACAAGUUUACAAAAUAAAAAAACUGGUCCUGCACCUAUUGAAUAAUUAGAUAAUUUUAUCUGUUAUUUUUGUGGAGGUCAAGAUUGUAAAAAGGAAUAAGCUAUUUCAAAUAAAAAUAAAAAUGCUAUAGAUGGAUUGCAUUCAGAUUGGAUAACUGAUGACAUAUUGGCUAUGUAAAGACUAAGUAUGAGAUUAAUGCCAAUAGUUAUACCUUAAUUCUAAUAGUAAAGUGAUUAUCAUAUAAAGACAUAACAUCGGAGCAGUUAUAAAUUUGUAAUAAUAAGGAGAACAUGCUUAAUGUGGACCUGGUAUAAUACCUGGUAUUGGAUUUUCAUAUAAUCCUGAAUCAUUAUAAUCAGGUAUUUUAAAUCUAAUUAAUAGCUAAGAUCAAUUUCUUCAAUUAUGGUUGGGAAGAUAUGACUGCUGAUACUACAUUUGAAAAUCUCCUAAAAAUAUGUUCAGCAUUUGAUCUUAUGUAAAAGAAAGGAAAGAAAGUUGCUGUACAUUGUCAUGCUGGUACAGGUAGAACAGGAGUGGCAAUAGUGGCAUGGCUAAUUUAUGGAGAAAGAAUGUCAGCUGAUGAUGCUAUAAGAUUAUUCUAAUCUAGAAGAAGAGAUUCUUUGGGUAAAGGUGCUUAAAAGGAUUUAUUGAAAGCAUUUGAGAAAUGUAUAUAAAUAUCAUAAAUGAUAGUCUUAUAGAAUAGAAAAUGGUAUAAUUAUACAAAAAUAUCUGGAUUAAUCAAUGAUGAUAUUGUUUAAUAAUAAAACUAAUAUGUAGUUAAUGAAUUAAAGAACAAAACAAAGUUGAUUCCUGCACCUCUUUAUGUUAUAUUCAACCGAUUUUUGUUAUUAUUGGAAGAUUAAUUACUAACAUCAAAAUAGAUAUUAUAAGCAUUUAUUGGAGAUCCAUAAAAUAUACAACCUGUAAAUAAAGAAGAAUUGUAAAAUCUAUAAAAAUAAUUUGAUGUCCACAAUUUUCGAAUAGGACAUGUAACUGAUAUGAGGUUACUUGCUUAAUUAUUAUUUGUUUAUUUUGAUUUUUUGCCUUGGCAAUGUGUUUCAGAUAAAUUUGCAUUAGAAAUUAAGCAAAAUUUAAAUGUAAAGCAGAUUUUAGAAAUUUUAAAAGUGUGUUUUAAAGAUUUAGAAAUAGGAUCAUUCUAUAUAUUAAAGACAGUAGUUUAAUUUGCUGUUUAAUUAAAAAUUGCAGAUCCUUAAAUUGAUUUAAAAAUAUUUUUCUAUCGCUUUUCAAUAUCUUUAUUAUAAAAAUAACGAUAUCUUGAUGAUCAUUUUAUUGGACAUUCACUUGUGAGAACAAAUAAAAUAGAGAUUGUAUAAAUUGUGUAUUUAUAAUAAUUUUUGUAAAAAUGGCAUGAUGAAAUAUUAAAUUUAAAUGAAAAAAUUGUAAUAAUUUUGUAUGAAUAUAUAUAGUUUGAAGAGAAUUAGUUAUCAAAAGAUUUUAGAGAAUUAAAAGGUGUGUGA